AUUCGAGCAUGCGUGGGUCGGGGCUCCAGAUCCGGCCCCCAGAUCCCGGCCCUGGCGGACCUCCGGGGAGGCUGCAGGAGGGCAGCGCUUGAAUUAACGGAGUUUCCUCUGGAAAAGGGAUGGCACCAAGCAUGUUUUGGGCCCAGAGGAGACUCUGCUCCCUUGGCAGUAGAGCUCAAUUCCUGAAGAUGAUUUAUUCUCCAAAAAUCUUCAGACUCUCCACUUCUGCUAGAAUGUCUUUGAAAUUUAAAAAUGCCAAACGAAUUGAAGGCCUUGACAGUAACGUGUGGAUUGAAUUUACCAAGUUGGCUGCAGACCCCUCUGUUGUGAAUCUUGGCCAAGGCCUUCCAGAUAUCUCCCCACCUGAGUAUGUGAAGGAAGAAUUAUCAAAGGUUGCAGCUAUGGAUAGCCUGAAUCAGUAUACACGGGGCUUUGGUCAUCCAUCACUUGUGAAAGCUCUGUCUUGCUUAUAUGAAAAGUUUUAUGAAAAUCAGAUCGAUCCGAAUAAAGAAAUCCUCGUUACAGUAGGAGCCUAUGGGUCUCUUUUCAAUGCCGUUCAAGGGUUAAUCAAUGAGGGGGAUGAAGUCAUAGUGAUAGUACCUUUCUAUGACUGCUAUGAGCCCAUGGUGAGAAUGGCCGGAGGAACACCUGUUUUUAUUUCUUUAAGAUCUAAACGUAUUGAUGGGAAAAAGUGGUCCAGUUCUGACUGGACAUUGGAUCCUGAAGAACUGGCCAGUAAAUUUAAUUCCAAAACCAAAGCUAUUAUACUAAAUUCUCCACAUAACCCCUUUGGCAAAGUGUACACCAAAGAGGAACUCCAAGUAAUUGCUAACCUUUGCAUCAAAUAUGACACGCUCUGCAUCAGUGAUGAGGUUUAUGAAUGGCUUGUGUAUACUGGAAAUAAGCAUUUAAAAAAUAGGUACUGA